AUGAACUCUGCGGCGCAGAAUGCUCCCGCCAUUUCACCCACCGCGACAAUGUCCACAGGACCGCUUGAUACAACAUCGAAGAAACGACUUUUUAUGAUGCAGCGGGCGGAACGGCUUCGGGACCCAAAGGUGCGGCACAUGGGCAUUGACAAGGAAGCUCUUGAUGAUCAGGUGCGUGAAAAAGAGGCCCUACGGCGUCUUGAGCAGGAACGAAAUGAAUUCUUUGACCGACAGGCAUUGCUGAUGGACCGACAUGCGCAGGCAUUACAGAAGGAGGUGAAUGAAAUUCGGGCAGGGCGUGAAAAGGAACUACAAGACUACCGUGAGACAUUCCAAAAAAAACACAUGCGUCGAGAGUGGGAUCUCAACGACCCCACUUGGAAGGUGAAGGAUUUGCCUGCCCGUGUGGGCGACGAUGAUCCCCGCAACGGUGUCUCAUCCCUGCAGAAGUUUGAGGGGGAAGAUUUGGACUUUAAAAAUCGUCGCCGGGAGCAGCAACUUCAGCAGCGGGAUUGGGCUCAGCAGCAAGUAGAGGAGAAACUCGCCAAGAAGUGGAUGGAGCAGGAGGCAAAUCAUGCGUUUGAUGAGCGGAAUGAGGAGGUUAACCGCCGCAUCUAUGAAGUGGAGCGAAAUAUUGCUGAACAGCGCCGGUUAUCCCAUAAGAAUCAGGCCGAAUUCAACAAGGCGUUGGCAGAACAGAAGCGUCGCGAGGCCAUCCGUGACAAGGAGGAGGAUACACGCAAGGGCCUGGAGGAGAUUCGGUACCACCUCGAGGGAGACUUCCUUAACGAAACCGAAACCAUGGUGGGUGAGCUUGGCAAAAAGGUGAAGUCCGAUCGCUACAAGGGAAUGACGGCGGAGCAGAAGGAGCAGUUGUACAAGGACCAGGCCUUACAGCGGGAUGCCAUGCGGCGUCGGCGGCUGCUGGAGGUGGAGGAGGAGAAGCACUGGGGACAGCAAGAGAACCUUCAACUGCGCAUGGCGAACGCCCUGGAGAGACAGAGGGAGCGUGAACGCCGUGCUGAACGUGAGGCUGUUGCCGCUGAGCAGAAGAAGCAGAAGGAGGCAGCCGAAAUUCGUCGGAAAAAACUAGAUGAGCUUUACACUAACGCUGUGGAUGAGGACUACUACAAGUACUGGGACCUCUGCAUGUAG